AACUAUGUCUUUCUUCUGGACCAUUGCCCUGAUUGCUUUUGCAAUCUUUCCAUUCUCUACAGGAUUUCCUUCCAGGAGUCUCACUAAUUACCCCCCAGAAGAUCAAUAUUCUCCAUUGCCUGGAACAUCAGCUCCAAAAUCUCCCCCAGCUUCAUGGUCUCCUGCAGCUUCACCAGAUCCUUCAUGGCCUAUACCAUUGACCCCUUCAGAAUCUUCACCGCCAUGGUCUCAGCUUUAUCCUCCAGCUCCUUCACCGGCUAAAACAAGUCCUGAACCAUCCACUCCUGAAGCAUCUCCAUCUCCAUCUCCAUGGUCUCAGCGUUAUCCUCCAGCAUCAGAAUCCAGAACUAUAUCUUUUCCAUCAGCAUUUCCAUCUUCAUUGCCUCCACUUCCAGAAUUGCCUCCAUUGCCAUCUUUGCCUCCACUUCUAUCAUUGCCGUCUUUGCCUCCAAUAUUGCCAUUAUUGCCAUAUCCUGAGCCUCCAUCUCCAUCACCAAUGCCUUCUUCUGUGACUUCAUCUCCUUCUGUUGAACCUCCACCUACAAUGCCCUCUUCGAUGCCUCCAUCUCCAUCUCCUUAUUAGAAGCUAAUCGUCUAUGAAGAUUAUUGCUUAUUAUCAUGAGCUUUUUCUAUGGUUGUUUCUUAAUUUGGAUGUGACAAAUAAAUUUCAUUUUCCAUGCUUUUAAUAGUAAUUUUGUAGCAUUU